UUACCCACAUGCACACGCCAGCAGCACCAACAGCCCCUGCCAGCAGCCUGCAGUCGCUGGUGCGCCCCGCUCCUCCGCCUCUCCCUCCUCCUCCUCCUCCUCCUCCUCCUCCUUCUCCUCCUCCUCCUCGCUGCCCACCGGCCUGCGGCACCCCUCCGCGGCCUCCGGCCCCACCAGCGCACAAUGACUUCAUGCGGAUUAUGCAUCUGAAGAAAUCACCAGCUCCCAGAUAGCCACAGGGGGAGGUAUCCAUGUGUUUGGCAGGGAAGCAGCCUCCUGCUCUCCUUCCUUCUCCCCUUCUUUUCUCCUCGCACCCGGCAGCUGCCUCCUCUCCGGCGAUGGUCGCCUCCAGUCCCCCCGCACGGCGCUGAGCGAGGCCCCAGCGCAUCCCCGCUCCCACGCUUGCACCAAGGUACCGCCGAGGCUAUUUUUAUUCCCCCCCUUCUUUUCCGGUUCUCCCGCUGCUGCCGGGCUCGGUGCCUCUCGCACCCUCCGUGCCUGCACGUCUCCCGCUCCCGUCUUCCCACCCAACAGCGAGAGGUGGAGGGAGGCUCGUCCCAGCCCCGGCACCCGCGUCGCAGCGGCAGCCGCCGUCGCGAGGCAGAGCGAGCCCAGCUCCGGCCGCGGCCGCCAGCCCUGAUUCCAGAGUGGCCACCCCGGGGUGCUGGCACGGACCAUGAUGGACCUGAAGGUGGACGAGGAGGAGGUGGACAGCGGGCAGCCGGUGAGCAUCCAGGCCUUCGCCAGCAGCUCCACCCUCCACGGGCUCUCGCACAUCUUCUCAUACGAGCGGCUGUCGCUGAAGCGCGUGGUCUGGGCGCUGUGCUUCCUGGGCUCACUGGCGCUGCUCGCCCUCGUCUGCACCAACCGCAUCCAGUACUACUUCCUCUACCCCCACGUCACCAAGCUGGACGAGGUGGCGGCCACCAGGCUCACCUUCCCCGCCGUCACCUUCUGCAACCUCAACGAGUUUCGUUUCAGCCGGGUGACCAAGAACGACCUGUACCACGCCGGCGAGCUCCUUGCUCUGCUCAAUAACAGAUACGAGAUCCCAGACACCCAGACUGCCGACGAGAAGCAGCUGGAAAUCCUGCAGGACAAGGCAAACUUCCGAAACUUCAAGCCCAAACCUUUCAAUAUGCUGGAGUUUUAUGACCGAGCUGGCCACGACAUCCGGGAGAUGCUGCUGUCCUGCUUCUUCCGUGGGGAGCAAUGCACCCCUGAAGACUUCAAAGUGGUCUUCACCCGCUAUGGGAAGUGCUACACGUUCAACGCGGGGCAGGACGGGAAGCCCCGGCUCAUCACCAUGAAGGGGGGAACCGGCAACGGCCUGGAGAUCAUGCUGGACAUUCAGCAGGACGAGUAUCUGCCAGUGUGGGGGGAAACAGACGAGACCUCAUUCGAAGCCGGGAUCAAGGUGCAGAUCCACAGCCAGGACGAGCCCCCACUGAUCGACCAGCUGGGCUUCGGGGUGGCACCCGGCUUCCAGACCUUUGUGUCCUGCCAGGAGCAGCGGCUCAUCUACCUGCCGCCUCCCUGGGGCGACUGCAAGGCCGUGGCGGGCGACUCGGAGUUUUACGACACCUACAGCAUCACCGCCUGCCGCAUCGACUGCGAGACCCGCUACCUGGUGGAGAACUGCAACUGCCGCAUGGUGCACAUGCCAGGCGAUGCCCCUUACUGCACCCCGGAGCAGUACAAGGAGUGCGCGGAUCCGGCCUUAGAUUUCCUGGUGGAGAAGGACAACGAGUACUGCGUCUGCGAGAUGCCCUGCAACGUGACCCGCUACGGCAAAGAGCUCUCCAUGGUGAAGAUCCCCAGCAAGGCCUCCGCCAAGUACCUGGCCAAGAAGUACAACAAGUCGGAGCAGUACAUCGGGGAGAACAUCCUGGUGCUGGAUAUCUUCUUUGAAGCCCUGAACUACGAGACGAUCGAGCAGAAGAAGGCAUAUGAGGUGGCUGGCUUGCUGGGUGACAUUGGAGGGCAGAUGGGGCUCUUCAUCGGGGCCAGUAUCCUCACAGUACUGGAGCUGUUUGACUACGCGUAUGAGGUGAUAAAGCACCGGCUGUGCCGGCGGGGCAAGUGCCGCAAGAACCACAAGAGGAACAACACGGACAAGGGCGUCGCGCUGAGCAUGGACGACGUGAAACGCCAUAAUCCCUGCGAAGGUAUACGGGGCCACCCGGCAGGCAUGACGUACGCAGCCAACAUCCUACCUCAUCACCCGGCCCGGGGCACCUUUGAGGACUUCACCUGCUAACCGACGUCUGGAUGUACAACCUGAGCUACCAAAGCCCUCCGGAGAGCUGCCCUUCUCCCUGCGAGCGCCAGCGGAGAGACACAUCUAGGGGACCUUGCUCCUCACCACGGUGGGACACGGACAAGAGCGACAGCCUCGGAUUUCGGGUCAGGCGGUCGGGUCUGGUCGUGCUCGAACCCGGCGCGCCGCCCCCGCGGCAGCUGCUCCGCGCCUGCCCCGCUAGUUCAGAGACUCGAGGACGCUCCAGCCCGGCCAUCCUCGCGGCGCGGGGAGCGAUACGCACAGCGGGCUGGGGCACGGGCCUGCCCCGUCUCCUCCCCUCGGCUCCCCUCGGCCUUUUUAACUAGAAACCCAGAAGCCAAGAAGAAGCAGCCGUUUGGCUGCAGAGUCUCCAUCCACAGCCCUGUCCGUCUGUCUGUCCAUUGUCUCCAUGACCAUGCUGCUCCAACGCCUUGGCCGGCGCUUGCUGGGACCCCCGUGCCCGGCAGGAGGGAUCAUCGGGGAGCGCCACGGCACGGCCGGCAGGCAGGGCGGCGGGUUCGGCAGUCCCAGGAGAGCCUUGCUGUCCCCUGGGACCGCGGGGACCCGCAGCCCACCCUCGCCUGGGCCCUCCCGGCCACUCCAUGCGCACGAAGACGGGGCACCUCCGCUUCUCUGAAACGUCUUCCUUGGCCCCCUGCCCCCGGGACGGCGGUGCCCAGCCGCUGAGCUCGCUGGCCGGCCGCGAGCACCAGAGGGGACUCGGCCGGGGGGUGCCACCGCAGCACUGAAGACCCCGACGCCUGGGCGCUCUCCCUCGGCCGCAUCAGGUCGGGCGACAGCGUGGUCUCCCUGCCCGUCUCUCCUGGGCUCCGUGCAGCCUGGCCAGGCACCAGCCCUGCCCCGCAGUCCCUCCUGUCCCCCCAGGGAACCUGGGGCUACCCCGUGCGGCCCCCAGAAACAGCCAUCCUCGGGGAGAAAGGCAGAAGGAAAACUCCUGGCCCCCAUUUCAGCUGCAGCCACCGGCCUGGCUCAGCCGCGGCACCACGAGGGUCAGCCCCUCGGCACCGCUUCAGCCAGGAGCCCCCACACCAAAAGGGUUUGUAGGUCGAGGGACACCCCACGGCACAGGGUGCUCUGGUCCACGGGACCGCAGGCUCCCGCCCCACUGAACCCCCCGCCAGCAGCCGCCCCCGGGCACCGCGAGCCCUGGGCGUCCUCGGGGCGCCUGCCGGCUCGCUGCCCCGGGACCGCUGCUGCGCCCCUCUCGCCGGCACGCAGAGACCUGCCCCCGCAGCCGGGCUCCGGCCGGCCGGCACUGGCCGAGUCUCUGCUCCCCGGGCCUGCAAGCGCGCCCCGUUUCGCUCUAGGGCCAGUGACAGUGGCCUCCCCCAGCCCUGCCAGCCCCCAGGCCCCACACAUCAAGCAAGAGCCCUCCCAGGGCUGAAGUGCUACUUAUCUUUAAGAGCUUUUGCAAUAAGUCUUUUUGGUAAUUAUUAUUUCUAAACUGCAGUUUUGUUUUUAUUAUUGUCAUUAUUAUUAUUAUUAUUUGCUUCCUGACCAAAAUUAGGAACUGGGGGUCAGUCCUUCGUAUCCAGCAAUUGCCCAAAGAUGACGGGUCGGCCACAUCCAUAAAUUUUCUUAUGGAUUUCUCCUGAUGUUCCAUUGCGUUUCAUUUAUUUAUUUUCUUUCUUUCUCUUUCCCAUUAAAGUUUUUUAAGAUGGGGCUGGGAUUUGACCUUGACGCUCACCUGUCGAAGCAUACGCUUUUUUGUUCGUUUCUAUUACGUCAUCUGCAUUUUAUAUUUCUUAUAUAUAAUAUAUAUGACUAUAUAUAUAUGUGUACAUAUAUAUAUAUCUCUCUAUAUGCAUCAUAUCAGUGUAGAUACCCAUCUAGUAGCAUUUAGGCCUUGUUCUUGUGCUUUUUUUUUUUUUUCUGUUACCAAUCUCUGAAUGCCUUCAAGUGUAUAAAGUGUUGAAUUCUCUCUGGUAUCUGUACUAUGUACACACAUUUUCAUAGGAAGCACAAUAAGAUGACAGAUGCAUUGUACAUCAAUACCUGCUACUCUUAACGAUGAUAUAAAGAAUGAUAUAACUCA